UACUGGAAUCGGAAUCGGAAUCAGAUUCUGAUUCCGAUUUCGAUGAACAUAUUUUAAUGACGAUUCUCAGAAAACCGAAGUACAAAAAAUGCCGGGUCAAUAAUUUCGUCAGAGACGUAGUUGAGCAUUUUUCGGAGGAAGAGUUCCGACGUCACUUUCGGCUCAACAAAACCACAGCCAAUACGAUAGUUACGAGAUACGCAGAAUCCGAAUUCUUUCGUUCAAACUCCGGUACUGGACGCAGGAAUGUUCCAGCAAACGAGCAAAUGUAUGCUUUUUUGUGGUUUUGUGCAAACAAAGAUUCGUAUCGUGAAAUCGGCACCCUGUUCAACAUGUCGGAAUCAUCGUUUUUUAAAUGUUUGAACCGUAUUUUGGACUUCCUUUACGAUGUGUCCAAAACCAUUAUUCGGUUUCCAGAUUCAACAGCAGAGAAGGAAAGGAUCGCAACCGAUUUCAGAAGUAUUUCUGGUUUUCCAAACGUGAUUGGCUGUAUCGACGGGUGUUACAUCUACAUCAGAAAACCAGCAAACAAAAUACGAUCUACGUAUGUUAAUCGUCAUGACUUGUUGUCAAUAACACUUCAAGGGAUUUGUGACGCGAAGAGAAGAUUCAUUGAUGUCUGUGUGGGGUCUCCUAGCCGCAUACACGACUCAAGAAUUUUCUCUCUGUCACCUGUUAGUGACGAGCUACCUGGCAUAUGCCAUGGAAAGUACCAUCUGCUCGGUGAUGCGGCGUAUCCCUUGCGGGAGUAUUUGCUUACUCCGUUCAAAGAUUAUGGUAAUCUAUCACAAAAGGAUACAAACUACAAUCUUAAACACAGCCAAACACGUGUUAAGAUUGAGAACUGCUUUGGAAUUUUGAAACAAAGGUUCCGUCAGCUAACUCGGCUCGAUUUCUUUCGUGUCGAAAGAAUGUGCAAGUUUGUUUUGGCUUGUUGUACACUCCAUAACAUGUGUAUUGAUCAAAAUGACACAUUCAACGAAGAAGCAGCUGAUCCCAUUGAGCCCGAUGAAACCCGAAGCAGUCAGAUUCCACCUACCGGGCCAAGUGGUUCCCAAAGCACAAGGAAUGCCGCUUUGCGCAGACUUGGAGAAGUUAAGAGAAGUGAAAUUGCUGAAACAUUAAUGCAAUAG